AUGCCCCUUUUUGGGAGUAAGUUUUCACCAAAAAAAGCGCCGAUAAGAAAAGGCAAUAAUGCGAUUUCAACUGAAAAUUUGGACGAGUUGGUUUUGGAUCGUAGAAGCGUCAAAUUAAAUUUGGACAAUAAUAAACUUGUGUUUGAAAAUGGAGAAUGGUAUCCCGAAAGUGGUGAGAAUGGAUUGAACUAUAAGACAAACCAAAAAUUAAGGAAACAAAUGCAAGAACUGUCGGAAGAAAACAACUUACUUCGGGUAAAAUAUGAAAUGAUUUUAAACAUGCUCACACAAACAACUGCAGAAAGCCACAUACAGGAACGAGAGAUUGAAAAGCUGAAAAAAUUAGUAAGACAAAAAUGA